AUGUAUUGUGUUUGUUGUCCAUGCUUUUACACAAGACAACAAAGAAAACGUGCUGAGAAAGAAGCUCGUCGAAAACCAGCUGCAGCGGAUCAAUCACAGCGAAUAUCAAGAUGGAGUGAUAGCGAUUAUAUGACAUUUAAUAAAACUGAUCAAUUAACAAGUGCAACUGUUGUUGCUCAACCAUCACCCACCAUUGCUAAAUUUACGUUACGAAAAAAUGUUGAUCGACUUAAUACAGAGUGUCAUGUAAUUAAUGAAUUUCGUACACGACUUGAACGAAUUGUUGGAUAUAAACGCAACAGUCGAGCCAAUCUUCUUGAUGAAUAA